AUGGUUCGAGUCACCGACGAGCUGAUCUUGGCGCAAGACCAAGUCAGUCUCUAUUACACUACUGAUCCCUCUCUGGGAAAUCUGCCAGUUCUCAUAUUCCACGGCCCCUCGACGACGAGCAAUUCCACCCUCAACAGCUCCCGAAUCCAGGUCCAUGUCUUCUCCUCAGCUGGAUUUCAAAGCUACCCACGCAUCACCAUCUCCCCCAAUUCGCCGUUCUAUCAAUCUGUGAAUCAUCUACCGCGCGACAAACAAGGAGAGGAAAUAUGUCGGGGUCUAGCAUUUGGAUUAUUGAAAUACUUCAAGGAGUUGCCAGAAGUAGUCAAGAGUGGCUUGACCCUUCAAUCGGCGCAUACUCGAAACAAGAUACCUGGUCCGGCUCCUGCAUUAUUUGGCGAGCAACAUGCGGCGGAUCUGGCGGCGUCGAUGGUCAAGCUGGAAAACAAAGCGGAUGUGAUUAAGGAUAUAGAGUCAGCAUUGCGGCCCCAGCAUAUCAACCAUGUUGACAUUGAUCUCGUUCUGCCACCGGGCUCGAUUGCAGACCUUCAGGAGGAGAUGGCGGACGAAAACCUGGACGAUGAUGACUUACUAGAUCCCACCCUGAAGCAAUAUGGCAUUUAUGCUCCAUUGGUCAAGCUUUUCGGCGAAGUGUCAUUUCUUCCAACUUCAAAGCUGCGCCGGGCGCCAUCCAAACCCACGUCUCUCAACAAAUCAAGAACUUUCGUAAAGGACCAGAAGAUGUCAUUACGUCGAGAAAUGGGAGAGUUUGUUGAUACCGAAGAGCGAUAUGUUAUCAAAAUGCACGAGCUCGUCAAUCAUAUGGCUGAUGAUUUCCGCACGAAGGCCAAAAACCGGGCAUUUGGGAGCUUCAGUCCUUCUGAACAGGAUCUGGCAAAGCUCUUUCCUCGAUGCUUAGAUAGGAUCUUGCAAGUGAACUCAGCUUUUCUUGCAGACAUUAAGAAGGUCAUGGACGCCACGGAAGAAGAAGCAAUGGGAGAUUUAGAAGCCCCUACUGUUGGUUCGACCGGAUCUCGACAUGGUGCAUCUGGACGUUUGAAAGAUCCCACUGGAGCGCUUGCAUUUGCCAAAGUACUUCUCCAAUGGUUUCCUCAAUUUGCAGACUGUUACCAAGAAUACAUCAAUGCCAGUCAAGACUUUCCCCAGCUCAUUUCCUCGUUCACCAAGCAACAAUCAAGUUUCUCCCAAAGAGUCCAGCAGACUGGAGAGCAACGUCUUCGAUCUGCUGUUAUUGAGCCUGUCCAGAGACUGCCACGUUACAGCCUCUUCAUUGACAAUAUUGUCAACUGCCUUCCGGUCUUUCACCCCGCUCUACAGCCUAUGCUCAAAGCAAGAGAUAUCAUAACCUCAAUUUGUUCUCUGGACCCACCUGCAGCAGACAAGUCUCAGGUCGUAAAUCGGUUACGAAACAUUAUCGAUUCUUGGCCUAUGGGUUUGCAUCCGCAAGGUCGACUCAUUACAGCAGUGGACGUUCUCGAGCUCCCAGCUCCAUUUCAUGCUGAUCCAUCAAAUGUCUCCUCAAAUUCUAGAGAAGGAAUGCUUCUUCUCUUUGCAGAUUGUGUCAUUUUGCUUAAGAAGGUCACAGAAUGCAAUUUGUCGGCCAGAGGCGUCAUGGCGGAAAUUGACAAACCCUCGGCAGCUUCCAUGAUGGCGUCUGUUACAGCUGCUGCGGGAGGACAAAAGCACAUAUACGAGCUAACAUUCGGCGGCUGGCAUUUCUUGGGUGAUGUUCGUUUCACAAUGUCUAACGAUGGACGCAAUAUUUGGAUGACCUCGCUACGCGAACUGAAGGACCCAUUGACUGGCAGAGAACGCACUUCUCCAGCCCCUACCAUACGCAAUUUUGCUCUCCGUACUGGAUAUGAGGGCAAAGCGCUGAGGUUUACCGAGGAGAUUACUCGAGCUAGGCUAGAAGGAAGAUUCCCUGAAAGGGAAAGAGAGACAGACAAAUGGUGUCUAAGAUCAACAAAACUGCAUGCUACUGAGAUCUCUUUUCACACUGCAAUCUUCGAAGAAGGAAUUGACAAGUUAGUUGAGGGCAGAAAGGAGCCAGCUCCCAUUCGGAUCGUGAUUGAUCAUGAGAAGGGUACGAAAGGAGCCCCUGUCGGUCACUACGGGGUCGAGAUUGUCGCCAAUGUAUCAGUCCUUGGGGGUGGACUGAAGUAUCGGCUCGAGGUAGACGGACUCCACGAUAGGGUUUUUGUAGAUGAAGUGGUCACAGAGCAUUUUCUUCCCACCUUUGCAAAGAGAACUGUGGACUUGCUUCGAUCCCAAUACAAUCUGAGCAACCCCGCUCUAAGCGGAUCAUUCUCAUCAUUCCACUCUAAGAUUCUCAAGUCGCUUUGCGUAGUGGCUGAGGGUGACAAGAUGAAGAGCAUACGGUCGCCAUCACCUGUCAAGAUGCUUUCGAGCUUCUUAAGCGGGGGCUUCAAUAGCUCAGUCUCAUCUUUUAAAGACUCUGGAUCCUCCUACACAACUCCGAACAAGCAUCCACGAACUCCUGUUAUGGCCUUUAUUCCCCCAAUGCAAGCUUCGCCAGUGUCGAGAACAGGCAGCCACAAAUAUUCCCAAUCGGUUGACUUUGACGGUAAAGGUAGCGUUAGGGCUGCAGUUGAUGAAACUCGACCUGAUAAUCCACUCGUUCGCUUAGAGGAAACGUUCACAGCCUACGUUGCUGCUCUACAGGUUCGCAAGGGGAACAUUGUCGGGAGAGUACUUCGAAGCCGAAAAAAUGCGGAUGAGCUUGCCAUCAAUGCCAUUUACAACACCUUUAUUGAAAAUCCUUUUGACAACAGAGCAUCUUCGGAAGUCACUGUUGAUGUUCUAUUCGUAGCAUUUGAAAAGUACUUGAGAAUGGCUUGGAAGGACCAGAUGGGUCAAGUCAUGUCUCUGCAAACUCUGGAUGCCUUGCAGGAAAGGUCUUUAAAUCAAUACCCAGGAGAUUUUGCCGACUAUGUGAGAAUAGUAUUCGGUGAGAUGGCACCACAAAACCGACGAGCUUUUAUCGCAAUAAUCAAGCUGCUAGCCGAUCUGUUGGAUGGUUGUGGCAAUGACGGCGACAGAGGUGCUUUAACAGUUGCAUUUGCAGAAUUGUUGGUUACGGAUGGAGAGCCUCACGACUACAUCAACUUGUUGGAUCGUAUGGUAGAGGAUGCAGAUCGUCUAUUUGAAGACAUCGGCCCUGGUUCUAUCACUGGCUUUGGUAGUAAUUCUGCGUAUGGCUCCAUUUCUGGGGGCCGGUCUAACCACUCAGCAACUGCAUCGUUGACAUCGAACACCUCUUCUUUCCGACGCAGAUUUGCCGAUACACUGCUCAGACAAAAUAGCAAGACUGACGCUGAUCGUUCCUCUGUCUGGAGAACGUUGAGCAAGACAAAUCGUCAUGUCGCUACUGGGGAGCCUGUUCCAUCUUCUAGCAUUUCCAAGGGAUCUCUGAAUCGGUCGAGGUCGAUUGAAUCUCCAGGCAGGCGACCAGUCUCUCGCGAUAGACCCGCUAUUCAAGGGUUGUUUGAUGAUAGGCCUUCAAGUUCGCAUGGACAACCAGGAAGAUUGAGUACUAUUGGGGCUUCGCCUCCGCCCGAGAAUAUCGAUUCUGUGAAGUCCCUCAAGAAAAGCAGAAGAAGCUCUUUGUCAGAUCUCAAGGCCUUAAUGGCAGCUGCAACGUUAGGGAAUAUCUCACCAGCUCCGCCUCCACCUCCGAAGGGGCUCCAUUUCAACACUCCCCCGCGUACCCCAUCACCCACCAAGAUCCCAGUAGCAGACAAGAAAUCCCCACUGUUCCGCACUGGCUCUCCGAAUCAGAAGGAGAAUAUUCCACUCAACUCAAGAAAUAUUGGAAGUCUGACAGAGCGACCUCAAAAUAUCAUGUCCUCGUCUGAUACUGUCGUAGUGAAGGAUUUAUGGACUGGAAAAGCUCAUUCCAAAACUGUCUCGCUUUCCUCCAACAUUCCAACACUCCACGGCUCGCCUCAUUCGCGUGGCGCCUCAACAUCACGUCCAACAUCCAGUCCAGGAAAAUCCUCACCACAGAAGUUGCGCUUGCAAAGUCCUCAGAAGCUGCGGGAACGUCUUCAAAACGAAUCUAAGGCAAUCAACGAGGCUGAAGCUUCUCUACAAAAAGAACUCUCGAAAAUCGGCGAAGAAAUGGCUAAACUCAAUUCCGGCUCCUCUGGUCGCUCUGACGACCUAGAUAAACUCACCUCGACAGUCUCAAAUCUCGAAGUCAAGAUCCCUGAAGUAGUUAGGGACUUGACGAGCAAGAAUGAUACGAUUAAGCAAGAUCUCGAGAAGAGCUUGCAAGCAUCGGAGCUCAAAGUCAAAGGCCUGGACCAACUGUAUAAGGAGAGCAGUGCGGAGAACGAACUACUGUACGAGAAAAUGAAUGGCGAGUUAGGGAAGAUCGUUAAGGCUUUGAGGGGAAAGGGAAAAGAAGAUAAAGAAGAGUUGAUUGUCAAAGUCAAGGAAUAUAGCGAGGAUGCCGCGAAGACGAAGAAAGAGAACGCGAGAUUGAGGAGGGAAAUUCUAACUUUAAGGACGCUAUUAAAGGCGAGCGAGUAA